GGGAAGGGCGGCCGGGAGGAAGAGGAGGAGGAGGAGGAGGAAGAGGAGGAGUAAGCGGCCAUGUCGGCGAAGCGGAAAGCCGAGGCCCUGAUCCCGGCGGAGGAGAGCGACCAGCUGCUCAUCCGGCCCCUAGGUGCUGGCCAAGAAGUAGGAAGAUCAUGCAUUAUUCUGGAAUUUAAAGGAAGAAAAAUAAUGCUUGAUUGUGGCAUCCAUCCUGGACUGGAAGGAAUGGAUGCUCUCCCUUACAUUGAUUUGAUAGACCCUGCUGAGAUUGAUCUCCUCCUAAUAAGUCAUUUCCAUUUAGAUCACUGUGGAGCUUUACCAUGGUUUUUGCAGAAAACAAGUUUUAAAGGAAGGACAUUUAUGACUCAUGCCACAAAAGCUAUUUACAGAUGGCUUCUUUCAGAUUAUGUCAAAGUCAGUAAUAUAUCAGCGGAUGACAUGCUAUAUACAGAAACAGACCUUGAAGAAAGCAUGGACAAGAUUGAGACCAUCAACUUCCAUGAAGUGAAAGAAGUGGCAGGAAUCAAAUUCUGGUGCUACCACGCAGGCCACGUUCUGGGAGCAGCCAUGUUUAUGAUUGAAAUAGCUGGUGUAAAGCUUUUGUACACAGGUGAUUUCUCAAGACAGGAAGACAGACAUCUGAUGGCAGCUGAGAUUCCUAAUAUUAAGCCCGAUAUUCUUAUCAUUGAGUCCACCUAUGGUACUCAUAUUCAUGAGAAAAGGGAAGAGCGAGAGGCAAGAUUCUGCAAUACUGUUCAUGACAUUGUAAAUAGAGGAGGUAGAGGUCUUAUUCCUGUGUUUGCCCUGGGUCGAGCUCAAGAACUACUUCUAAUUUUAGAUGAAUACUGGCAAAAUCACCCAGAACUCCACGAUAUCCCUAUUUACUAUGCCUCCUCUUUGGCGAAGAAGUGCAUGGCAGUUUAUCAGACAUAUGUCAAUGCCAUGAAUGACAAAAUCCGCAAGCAAAUCAACAUCAACAAUCCAUUUGUUUUCAAGCAUAUUAGUAACCUGAAGAGUAUGGAUCAUUUUGAUGAUAUCGGCCCGAGCGUGGUGAUGGCUUCCCCAGGUAUGAUGCAGAGUGGCUUAUCCAGAGAGCUGUUUGAGAGCUGGUGCACAGAUAAGAGGAAUGGAGUAAUUAUAGCCGGGUACUGUGUUGAAGGAACACUUGCUAAGCACAUCAUGUCUGAACCCGAAGAGAUCACAACUAUGUCAGGGCAAAAACUCCCCCUGAAGAUGUCUGUGGAUUACAUUUCUUUCUCUGCUCACACAGAUUAUCAACAAACUAGUGAGUUUAUCCGGGCCCUGAAACCUCCACAUGUGAUUUUAGUUCAUGGCGAGCAGAAUGAAAUGGCCAGGUUGAAAGCAGCAUUGAUACGAGAAUAUGAGGAUAACGAUGAAGUUCACAUAGAAGUUCAUAAUCCUAGGAAUACCGAAGCUGUGACAUUAAACUUCAGAGGAGAAAAACUUGCCAAGGUGAUGGGAUCUUUAGCAGAUAAGAAGCCAGAACAAGGACAGAGAAUUUCUGGAAUCCUAGUUAAAAGAAAUUUUAACUAUCAUAUCCUUUCUCCAUGUGACCUCUCCAAUUAUACAGACUUGGCUAUGAGCACUGUAACACAGACACAAGCUAUUCCAUAUACCGGCCCUUUCAAUCUCCUUUAUUACCAGCUACAAAAGCUUACUGGUGACGUAGAAGAAAUAGAAAUCCAACAAAAACCAGCCCUGAAGGUUUUCAAAAAUAUUACUGUGAUCCAAGAACCAGGCAUGGUAGUCCUUGAGUGGGUGGCAAAUCCUGCUAAUGAUAUGUAUGCAGACACCGUGACAACAGUGAUACUGGAAGUUCAGUCAAAUCCUAAAAUACAGAAAGCUGCAGUGCAAAAAAUUUCCAAAAAAGUAGAUAUGGAUGUGUACAGCAAGAGAAUGGAAAUCAUGCUUCAGGAUAUGUUUGGAGAAGACUGUGUAAGUUCAAAAGAUGGCUCUGUUCUGUGUGUCACAGUAGAUGGAAAGACUGCAAACGUCUCUCUGGACACUCGGACAGUUGACUGCGAGCCAGGAAGCGAAGAUGAUGACUCCCUUCGUGAAAUGGUGGAACUCGCUGCGCAGAGGCUCUAUGAUGCCCUCAGCCCAGUACACUGACCUCUGUAGAUAUCUAGGACACACAAGAAAAACUUUUAAUGUUCAAAUUUAUUUGGACUCUUUUUUAAAAAUAAAUAAACUUUUUUCUUCAGUAAUACAAAUGCAUCAAUUCUGUGACUGAAACUGCUAAAUUAUUUCAAAUAAUGGGUGAGCAACCUUAUAUCAACUAUAUUUGUACAUAUAGAUCACAAUAAAAUUAGGCAAAGUAU